GACAGUGAUUGGACAGUCGCUUACACAAGCGCUUGUGUAAGGCGGCUGCAUUGAAGUUGUGUAAGGAGCAAAUAUACACCGUAGAAAACACCAAUCACACAUCAUUUUCCAAGCUCUUGAGACAAGCCACGUAUUGGAAACUCUAAAAGCUUGGAGAUGAGGAUGUGGUGGGAAUGUCUUCUGGUUUUGGCUCUGUCAGCUCUCUCUCAAGCUCAGCCCAUGUUCUCCGUCACCACGGAUACGGUUCUGCCUCCUGAUACUCUUCACAACCCCACCCAGCGGAAUUAUGGGAUGGCAGUGACGGAUGUAGAUGGAGACGGGGAUCUGGAGGUGGUGGUGGCCGGGUAUAAUGGCCCAAACCUGGUUCUGAAGUAUGACCGUACCCAAAACAAGCUCGUGAACAUAGCGGUGGAUGACCGCGGUUCUCCUUACUUCGCGCUGAGAGACCCGCAGGGAAACGCCAUCGGAGUGACGGCCUGUGAUGUGGACGGAGACGGCAGAGAGGAGAUCUACUUCCUCAACACCAACAACGCCUUCUCAGGUCGGGCGACUUAUGCUGACAAACUGUUCAAGUAUCGUAACGGUCGCUUCGAGGAUCUGCUCGGCGAUGACAUCAACGUGCGCAGAAGCGUGGCCAAUCGCAUGGCGGGACGUUCAGUGGCUUGUGUCGACAGAAAGGGAACAGGUCGAUACUCGAUUUAUGUGGCGAACUACGCCAGUGGUAACGUGGGUCCUCACGCGCUCAUAGAGAUGGAUGAAGCUGCCAGUGACGUUGAGAAAGGCAUCAUUGCGCUGACAGAUGUUGCACCACAAGUCAACGUCAAUAAGUUCACAGGUGGCCGUGGUGUAGUUGUCGGUCCAAUCCUCAGCGACACAAGGUCUGACAUUUUUUGCGACAAUGAAAAUGGACCCAACUUCCUGUUCAAGAACAACGGUGAUGGGACCUUCACAGACGUGGCCGCCAAAGCCGGAGUUGAAGACAGAUAUCAGCACGGGAGAGGUGUGGCGCUGGCCGACUUUAACGGCGACAGAAAAACAGACAUAGUUUACGGCAACUGGAACGGUCCACACCGCCUUUACCUGCAGGACGCCCAGCAGAGAUUCAAGGACAUCGCCACACAGGCCUUCGCCACUCUGUCACCCAUUCGCACCGUCAUCGCUGCCGACUUUGACAACGAUCUUCAGCUUGAAGUCUUCUUUAAUAACAUCGCUUACCAAGGAAACGCCCCCAACAGGAUCUUCAGGGUGUCGAGGAAGCUGAACUCUGACCCUGAGGUCACAGAGCUGGAUGUGGGCGACGCCUCUGAGCCUCAGGGGAGGGGCACAGGCGCCACAGUGACAGACUUUGACGGUGACGGUCUGCUGGAUCUGUUCGUGGCUCACGGGGAGAGCGCCUCUCAGCCCAUCUCUGUGUUUAAGGUCAACCAAGGUUCCUCUAACAAGUGGCUGCGUGUGGUGCCACGCACACGUUUCGGUUCGUUCGCUCGUGGAGCAAAGGUGGUGAUGUUCACGAAACACAGCGGCGCACACACUCGUAUCAUUGACGGAGGAUCAGGAUAUCUGUGUGAGAUGGAGCCUGUGGCCCACUUUGGGUUAGGAACCGAUGAGGCCACCAGCAUUGAAGUCUUUUGGCCGGAUGGUCGCUCCAUCGCUCGGCCGCUCGAGUCCGCUGACAUGAACACAGUCAUUGAGAUCGCAUAUCCUAAUGAGGGGGAGGAGUCAGCGCUCACAUCUGACGCACAGGUACGACUGCAUGCAAAUGAAGAGGUGGAGUCAAUGUACACCUUACACAGACAGUGUGGAGAGGGAUUCACAGUCAACACAAACGGCCGUUGCAUUGCGAGAGCCUGAGUAUUUUCAGCUGGACACGGAGUCAUCAUCUCAUUAAAUCAGAGCUGUGCUGUCAGAAGUCUGAUACUGAACCAGUUAUUCAACCAAAUUUAACCACAACCUUCAGUCGUUACUGCCAAAUAUUUCCUGUAGUGCUAUUGAAAUUGAACACUUGUACUUCAUUCAUCACAUUCAUCACAUUUCUAAGAGUAAAAUGAUAGUCAGCAUUAACUAAAUCUAAAAAUGUUUACAUCAGACACAUUUGUUGCUUUUCUUUGUAUUUCCUUUUUCUUUUCUUUUAGAACUUGUUUACUCAAAGUUGGAAUGCUGUGCGUUACUAU